GGUUUGAUUAAUAAAGAGUGGCACAGUUGUCGAUCGUUGCGAAUGCGGAGGGCUCUUGGCGCUGGAGCCUUUGGAGCUUAGAGCACAGCACCAAAACCUGAGUGACUGCACACGAGGACAGCAAGCAGCUGUCACUGUCCAUUACAGCAUUUGAACACACACAAAUACUCGCACACACACACACACACACACACACACACGGUCACUGUGACUGGGCUGGUUCAUGUUGAGCACAGAGCUCAUGGCUGUCCCUGGCUAAGGCUCACGCAGACGCAGUCAGGAAAGUCAGGCAACAAGAACAGCUCCUUAUCUGCCAUGGGAAUCUAAGCACCCGCUCGUUCCGUACCUGUCCAUGCGCUUUGUUCGGACGGAUCACUCAAGAGUGAGGAUGACGACCGUGGGACACGUUUUAGUCUUUCUGCUGGGUACGGUCACCUCAAGUUACAGCAUGCAGACAGCGCCUCGCAUCAUCACCCUCCUGGAGACGGUGGAUGUGUUACAGGACCACAAUGCCACCUUCAUCUGUGAGGUGCAGUCACGUCCUCCUGCUGACAUCACCUGGACCAAGAACAACCACCCAAUUAUGUACUAUGACACUCGGUACCUUACCAGGGAGCAGGGUCAGAUGCUGAUCAUCCCUCGUGUAAGAGAGUCAGAUAAUGGAGAGUACUGCUGCAUCGCCAGUAACGGCAUCGGAGAGCCCGCCAAGAGUUGUGGAGCGCUCCAGCUGAAGAUGAAGCCACAGAUCAAACGGCAUCCUACCAAUGUAACCCUUCUCAUAGAAUCCAAAGCAGUGCUGCCCUGUGUUACAUUUGGCAACCCCAAGCCGGAUGUCACCUGGCUUAAAGACGAUGAACUUAUUAAGAUCAGUGACCGUGUUGCUAUUCUUGACUAUGGUGCAUUGAAAAUCCAUAACAUACAGAAAGAGGAUGCUGGACAGUACCGAUGUGUGGCCAAGAACAGCUUUGGCUUGGCCUUUUCAAAGCCUGUCACUAUAGAAGUACAGGCGCCGGCGCGAAUCCUGCGGGUUCCAAAGGAGAAGAGAGUUGCGUAUGGCAGCCAGAUUUCCCUCGAGUGUAACGCCACAGGGAACCCGACCCCGACCAUCACUUGGCUGGAAAAUGGGAAUACUAUCUCGGGUGGAUCAGUUGAAGAGACCUUGGUGGGAGAGGUGAUACUGUCCGUUCUUAGAGUGACGGUGAGUAAGCCGGCUCUGUAUACCUGUAUGGCUUCCAACAGACACAGCGCCGGAGCCAACACUGCCAAAGCAACCGCAAAAGUCACAGUCGCAGAAUGGAGACUCUAUAAAGGCGUUGCAGGUUACUGCAGUGCAUAUCGUGGAGAUGUUUGUCGCACGAUUCUGCACGAUGACUCGCUGGUUUUCUUUAACUCCUCCCUCUCGGACCCCGAGGACAUGCAGGAGUACCUGGUUCAGAGUUGGUGGACGGAGCUCGAAGGACUUGGUGGGCUGUGUCGCCCCGCGAUACGCUCAUUGCUUUGCCAUUCCUCUUUCCCCGACUGCAACCCCUCAGGGCUAGGACCUGCACCUAAACCUGUCUGCAGAGAACAUUGCCUGGCAGUGAAGGAGGUGUACUGCCAUAAGGAGUGGUUGGUUCUUGAGGGGAGUAGUUCAGCCCAGUCAGGGCUCUUCAGCUCCAUCACCGGGUCCCACACUCCCAAUUCACUGCUGCCCAACUGUCAGGCCUUGCCAAGUCUUCACACAAACCCUGACGCUUGUACACAUGUUCCUUUUCUAGAUAUCGAGAAAGAUCAAGUUACAACAACGUGCUACAAUGACAGAGGUCGCUCCUACCAAGGCGGUGUGAAUGUGACGAGGUCUGGGAUACAGUGUCAGCAGUGGGACCAGCAGGUUCCCCAUCAGCACCGCCUGUCAGUGGAGGUCAUUCCAGAGUUGAAGAAUUCCGACAACCACUGUAGAAACCCUGGAGGAAUCAGUGACAAGCCCUGGUGUUACACCACAAACCCUAACAUACGCUGGGAGUACUGCGCUGUGCCCCAUUGUGGUGAACCAGGUACAGCAUCAGUGGUGAUGAAGCCAGAGUCAACAGUCCCUCGUCAGAUUCCUCGCCUCCCACCAACCACAGCUUCAUCUCCAGCUUACUCCAUGUCCGUCAUCGUGAUCCUUCUGACUGCCCUUGCAACCGCCGCCUUCCUCUCCAUCAUCGUCCUCGCCUGCCACAGACGGAGAAAGCAGUGGAGGAACCGCAAGAGAGUGAUGGAGACCCCGACGCUGAGUGCUCUUCCAUCAGAGCUCCUACUGGAUCGACUCCACCCCAACCCCAUGUACCAGCGAGUUCCCCUGCUGUUGAACUCAAAGCUGCUUGCCCUGGAGUACCCCCGAAAUAAUAUCCAAUAUGUGAGAGAUAUUGGGGAGGGAGCCUUUGGACGGGUUUUCCAAGCCAGAGCACCAGGCUUGCUGCCUAUGGAGUCGUUCACGAUGGUGGCUGUGAAGAUGCUCAAGGAGGAAGCGUCAGCUGACAUGCAGAACGACUUCCAGAGAGAGGCAGCGCUCAUGGCAGAAUUUGACCAUCCAAACAUUGUCCGACUCCUAGGUGUAUGUGCAGUGGGGAAACCAAUGUGUCUGAUGUUUGAGUACAUGGCCCACGGCGACCUCAACGAGUUCCUGCGUCGCCGAUCUCCGACCCAGUCAGUGCGGCCCCUCAGCUGCGCCAGCCUAUCCACUCGCAGUUUGUCCUCUGACCCGGAGAUGGGACCUCUCUCCUGCACAGAGCAGCUGUCGAUUUCCAAGCAGAUCGCUGCAGGAAUGGCAUACCUGUCGGAGCGCAAGUUCGUCCACCGGGACCUCGCAACGAGGAACUGCCUGGUUGGGGAGGAAAUGGUGGUGAAGAUUGCGGACUUCGGCCUCUCCAGAAACAUUUACUCAGCUGAUUACUACAAGGCCAAUGAGAAUGAUGCCAUCCCCAUUCGCUGGAUGCCCCCAGAGUCUAUCUUCUACAAUCGCUACACGACAGAAUCGGAUGUGUGGGCUUAUGGCGUGGUGUUAUGGGAGAUAUUCUCCCAUGGGAUGCAGCCGUAUUACGGCAUGGGUCAUGAGGAGGUGAUUUACUACGUGAGGGAUGGUCACAUCCUUUCCUGUCCUGAGAACUGUCCCUUGGAGUUGUAUAAUCUGAUGAGGCUUUGCUGGAGCACACACCCGUCAGACAGGCCGAGCUUCAGUAGCAUACAUCGAAUACUGGAGCGCAUGCAUCAGAACAGACUGAGCAUGAAUGCUGACGCUGAGGUUGACUGCUGAUUGUGACAAGGAUGAUUUUUCCUGUGCAAAAAACAAAAACAGCAAGUGUAGUGAUUUAGUGUCUGGUAGUGCCCAGUAGCACAGAGGUAAUUACAGUAUGUGACUUCUUUUUCCUGGUGUUAUUUUAGUCAUUGGUACUACAUAUAAUGUAACUUUUUAAAUUCGAGUUUACCAGGAACUGUCCAUCAGACAGGACUGCUUCAUGGAUAAAUAGACUUAACAAUUGGUGUUUUUUGGAACUUGUACAUCAUCAGCUGCAAUUGAUUUUUCUUGUUCUUAAUUGGUUUCCAUCAUUGAAGCAGAUUUGGUAAACUGUCUGACUUGUUGUUUAUUAGUCACGCACAAGAUCUCGCUUUUCAAGCCAUGUCUUGCUAAUUCCACAGUGGCACACAAUCACUUUAAAGAUUUGCUGAUGAUUGUUUAAUAGACGUGUUGCUAUUCCAUUUUGGGGCAUUCUUGUUUUAAUUUUGCGUCUUCUUCUUCUUCAUGUUGUCGUCGACCCUUUUUCCGACAUUCAGUAAAUCCUGGUAGGCACAGGUUAAAUUACUUUUGCAUUAUUGAAGUCUUCCGACUUGCGUCAUCGCCAUCGUCCGUAAGUCUCUCGGUGAUACAGACACAUUCAUUUGGUUAAUUAUAAUUAUUCAGAGCCUCAUUAACUGGAUCUAUUCCUGUGCCUUAAAACAGACCUGUGAAGAAUGGCCCUGAUGUGCAAAUAUAUCCUCAUUCUGCAAGACUAAACCUUCUUAAAGAUGGAAAACUUUGCUCUUUGGCGUCAUUUCUUAUUAAAUUGAAUUUUAGCUGUUUCACAGCAUGUCCACAGUAUUCACAUUGAUUACAACCGAGACAAUGCCAAAUGAAAGAAAAUUAGGAUUCUUUACAUAAGACGACAUGUUUCAUUUCUUUUUUUAUGUGGUGUGAUGGUAUGAUGUCGUUGUUAGUUACAUUAACAGUGAUAUAUAUAUAUAUAUAUUUUAUUUUUUUUCUUGCCACACUUUAUAUUAAGUAUGUUAUUUCUUUGUAUUGUUUGCAGAAUAAACACAAUUAUUCAA